UUUUCUAAAAACUAAAAAUGGAAAUGAACGGCUCCAGCCCACCUCACUUGAGUCCAGCAAAAUAUAUAUGAAGAGCCCUGAGCAGGGAAAGUAGGAGGCCUGGAGCAAAGAGGAGGAGAUGGGGGAGGAGAAGAGGUUGAUGACAAGGUGGAAGGGCAGAGCCGGCGGCAGAGGGAUUGGGAGUUUGGCUGGUAAGCUACGCCAGAGGCAGGUGCCAGCUGAGAGUGGGCGGAGGUGCGGGCGGCAGGCCAGGCCAGGCAGGGGGAGGCCAGGCGUUACCUCUGCCUCCAGGAGCCCAGGCGCUGAGACAAGCUCGCCCCGGGGUGCCCCCGCUUCGUCAACUCUCUGUUCCCACCCCUCCUGCCCGCCCGGACCAGGGGAGUCCCUGUCGCCUGCAGAAGGAGCCGCUGCGGAACGACCGCAUCUUUGGGAAAGACACCCGGGGCUACGCGUGGCCUCCAGCCUCCUCCUAGGGGAGAGAGCUCCUUUGCACUCCUUCUAGUGACCACCCCUACCCGGCCACCGGCCACCAAAGCUAGCACCCGUGCCUCGGGGACCUCCACCUGCACGGGCCCCGGGAGGGAGGUAACACAGGGCAAAGAAGGCUCGAGAAGCGGGUAUCCAGAGAACCCCAACCCUGUGUCUCUAUUGGGCGAGAAAAGGCGACGCUGUCAACAUUGUGAGCUUCCUGCACGAGGUCCCCAAGUUCAGGGACGACACCUUUCCAAAAAGGAGCUAAUCCCCCACAGUGAGCAUUCCAUCUCCUUCGGGAUCCCUGGAGCUUCUUCUGUCUGCACCCCAAGUGCUUCCCGGUCUCUGCUUGGGCCAUGCCCGGGCUGCGCAGGGACCGCCUGCUGGCCCUGCUGCUCCUGGGCGCGCUCUUCUCCGCCGACCUCUACUUCCACCUCUGGCCGCAAGUGCAGCGCCAGCUACGGCCCCGCGAGCGCCCUGCAAGCUGUCCGUGCUCCGGCCGCGCCCCCUCCGCGUCUCUGCACUCGGCCGCAGCCUCCCUGGACCCUGGCACCGCCACGCACAACUUUUCCCGAGCCCGACUCGGAGCUGAGCAUCCCAGCUAUGGCCACUCUGGCCCGCGCUCCAAGCUGCAGGCCCUCUUCGCCCACUCGCUCUACCAAGUCCCGGAGGAGCCGCCUCUUCUGGGUCCCGAAGACUGGCUCUUGGCCAGCCAGGAGGCGCUGCGGUAUUACCGGAGGAAGGUGGCCCGCUGGAACAGACGGCACAAGAUAUACAAAGAACAAUUCAACCUCACCUCCUGGGAUCCCCCACUGCACCUCCGACCAGACGCCAGCUGGAUCCAGUUCCACUUGGGGAUCAACAGCCAUGGGCUAUACUCUAGGUCCAGCCCUGUUGUCAGCAAGCUCCUCCAUGACAUGAGACACUUCCCCACUAUCAGCGCUGAUUACAGCCAGGAUGAAAAGGCCUUGCUGGGGGCCUGUGACUGCUCACAGAUUGUGAAACCCAGUGGGGUCCACCUGAAGCUAGUUCUGAGGUUCUCAGACUUCGGGAAAGCCAUGUUCAAACCCAUGAGACAGCAGCGAGAGGAGGAGACGCCCGAGAACUUCUUCUAUUUCAUAGACUUUCAGAGACACAACGCUGAGAUCGCGGCCUUCCACCUGGACAGGGUUCUAGACUUCCGACGGGUGCCGCCAACAGUGGGAAGGCUAGUGAAUGUCACCAAGGAAAUCCUAGCGGUCACCAAGAAUGAAAUCCUGCAGAGUGUUUUCUUUGUCUCUCCAGCUAACAACGUGUGCUUCUUCGCCAAGUGUCCCUACAUGUGCAAGACUGAGUACGCUGUCUGUGGCAACCCACACAUGCUGGAGGGCUCCCUCUCCGCCUUCCUGCCGUCCCUCAACCUGGCCCCCAGACUGUCUGUGCCUAACCCCUGGAUACGUUCCUACUCACUGUCAGGAAAAGAGGAGUGGGAGCUCAACCCCCUCUACUGUGACACGGUAAAGCAGAUCUACCCGUACAACAGCAGCAGCAGGCUCCUCGGCGUCAUUGACAUGGCCAUCUUCGACUUCCUGAUCGGUAACAUGGACCGCCACCAUUAUGAGAUGUUCACCAAGUUUGGGGAUGACGGGUACCUUAUUCAUCUUGAUAAUGCCAGAGGGUUCGGACGACAUUCGCAGGAUGAAGUCUCCAUCCUCGCCCCUCUCUCACAGUGUUGCAUGAUAAAAAAGAAAACACUUUUGCACCUUCAGCUGCUGGCUCAGGCCGACUACAGACUCAGCGACGUGAUGCGGGAAUCACUCCUAGAAGACCAGCUUGCCCCUGUCCUCACAGAACCCCACCUCCUGGCCCUGGACCGUAGACUCCACAUCAUCCUUAAGACAGUAGAGGACUGCAUAGAGGCCCACGGGGAAAGGAGAGUCAUAGCCGAUGGCCCAGCCCAACAGUUGGCUCCAGACUCCGGCCAGGCAAAUCUGACAAGCUAAUGGCUAGCUACAAGGAUAAAACCUCAGAACACACGAUUGGAACCAGCUGUGGGUGCUGGUGUGUAGGCUCCCGCUGCCUCAUUCCACCCUGGGGUGCUGGAGGCCAAGUCAUGCGCUCAGGGAGGAGGCAGGAAAGCUUUGAAAGAAUAAGUGGGAUCCACCAAGCCUUAUCUUUACCCGUGGACGGAGGUCACUGCUUUUAUAGUGCACUGGCUGGGGCUCUGUCUUCCUAGCAAGCUCUGGCUCCGCCAUGGUUGCAGACUGUCUCCUGAGCACACUGUGAAACCUGGAAUUGGGCCAAGCUUGGAAGGUGUGGAGGCCCUGUUCCCAGAAAGUUUUUACUCUACCAUGUCAAAUAAAGGGACAUCAUGUGGACAA